GGUCUCUUUCUUUUUCUUCAAAGUAAAAAGAAUAAUAAAAAAAAUUAAAGGAAAAUUCGUUUCCAAUUUUUUUCUACCGUAUACGUCUGUCGGAAGUUUCUUCCGGUAUCAAUGAUUUUCUUCUUUGUUCAAAAUCUUAGCCUCUUCGAUUCCUCCGGAUCUCUUUUUUCUGUUUCAGAGCUUCUUGAUUUCUAUACAAAUCUGAAGAGGGAGAAGGUAUUAGUUUUCAUGUGAUGCCGUCAACAUGCAGACAGAGUCACUGGUCUCCUUACCCUCUGAGGCACAACAUAAUCAAGAAAAUGUUCCUAUUCAAGUUGGAGAUCUCGAUGUAGCCUCAUCCACCUCGAAUAAUACGGUGCCAGAACAACCUGCUAAAAAACCAACUCGGCAAUGGGCUGCUUGGACACGUCAAGAGGAAGAGAGUUUCUUCACUGCAUUACGACAAGUUGGGAAGAAUUUUGAGAAGAUCACAUGCCGUGUGCAAAGUAAAAACAAAGAUCAGGUCAGACAUUAUUACUAUCGUCUUGUGAGGCGCAUGAACAAGCUUCUGGGUCCACGGUUAUGUUUGGAUGCCAAAAACUCUAAAGAUACUAAUGCAGCAAUGCUUCGCUGGUGGUCUCUGCUGGAAAAGUAUAGCUGCAGAGCCUCAAAACUUCAUCUUAAACCCCGAAGAUUUAAAAUUUUUGUUGAAGCUUUGGAGCAUCAACUUUUGAAGGACCGGAAGAAGACCGUAAGAAAACGACCCUCCCAAGGGGAGAAUAGCUCGCCUACAUCUCCAAACAGUGUCACAAAUCAGAGUAGGGCUUCAGGACAGGAUGCUCGUACAGUCAAACUAUUUCUUGUAGACAGUCAAAACAUUCAGAAAUUAGGACCUGGAAAAGGGUCAUUUAAGCGUAAUAACAAUGUAGGUGUCAACCGUAGCAAUAGUAAAGGAGAGUCAAAUACCAUGAAACCUGCAAGGCAACGGCAGAAACCAGGUGCCUCAUCAUCUGCAUAUAAAAAAUGGGAAAAGGCUGCAAUUGCUGGGGUUUCUUUGGUUGCUGAUGCUGCUGAGCAUUUGGAGAAAACGAUUAAUGAUAAUGGAGGUGAGCAUGAGCUAGAUACCAGAGGUCCUGGCCAACAUGACCCAGUUGAAAAUAAUCAACUUCCUUUGCCAUCUUUCUCACAUAAUCCUUUCACGGAAAACUACAUACAUGCUACUGGGAAACUUAAGCUUCAACUGUUUCCAAUUGAUGACAGUACUAGAAGAGCCUUGGAAAUGGAUAAACACAAUCCACAUUUGGAACUCACUCUUAGUACUCGAAAGAAGAUAUCAUCGGUAUUGGAGCAUCUGAAUCGAAAAUGGGGACAUUCGAGUAUAGCAUCAGGAGAACUUAUGCUUUUCCCUUAUGGUGUUCAAAGAGAAAACCUUAGGGGUCAUCAGAGAUGGAAUCAAGCAACCACUGUCAGUGCAGCAGAUGUAUUUGCAAUGGCUGGAAGCCCCCAAGUAUUUCGCCUAAGGUAUGGUUGGUUUUCUGAUACUGAAGUUGCAUCUUUGUCCUGGCAAGCACCUGUUUCCUUGCCCUACAUUCCAAGUGUGCAUAAUAUGAAUGUAGAAAAUAGGAAUGGCCAGAUUGUCGAAGAAGUACAAGCUGUCUCAUGUACCAGUGAUCAACGUAAGGAACUUAAUGAUCGGUACAAGAAUCAGCCAAUGAUACAGAAAGAAAAUCUAGUCCUUGAACCUUCUUUAACUGAUCCUCAUGAUGAGAUUAAUACAUACCUUAACACUAGUUCUAAAGAUGAUCUUGGGGAUUCUCUUGUUCCUGCAAGAAAUGCCUCAUCAGAUAGAAGUGAGACUUGCAAUGUUGCUAUCAUGAGGAGGUUGGAGGAUACGGAUGAUCAGAGAUUGAACAAUAGCAGUGCUGCAUUAUGUGCUGGGGAGUGGGCUGACAGUCUUACAAACAUAAGUGUUGGAGAUCUUCUUGCAGAAGUGCCUCAGGACUUCAAUGAUAACUGUGUUGACCACCCUGUUCCAGAAAGCUCACUAUGUUUUCAGCAGAUUCCAUUCAGCUGUGAUUCUUUUGACGCAGCUAUUGCUGCUCAUAUAUCUAGGCAUCAAAACAAGAUGGGGGUUCCAUCAUUGGCAUCCCGUGCGUCGUCUAUUUGGGAUGCCGAAGAAACAUGCGAUGCCUUCUUAUUUCCUAAGAAUCCUAUUCCUUGUGUGGACAGUGCUAGAUUAUCUGGCGAUGCUUCCCCAGCUGCCUGCAAACAGAUUGCAACAUCAGACUCUGCAGGAUCAGAAUAUAUGCAGCUUUUCGUGCAAUCACCUGAUCCAGAGGAGCCAAAGGAAAAUUCUGCUUGUGAAGAACUCGUAGAUGAGCGUGCAUCUGAUCCCCACAUCAUGGGUACUACAGAAAAGGAUUUCAAUGGGCUGACUGACAUUUAUUGGGCUGACUCAUUAGGACCAUUAGAUCUUGAUGCACCAUCUCGCAAGUAUCAUAGUGAAGAUUUGAUUUUAGGGGACAGCCUUGGAGGUUUGAACCGUCUAAUAGCCAGCAGUCUAGAUGCAUUUCAAAAUUGCUCAUUUUUCGGUUUGGACAAGAAAGAAUCUACAUCCACAGUUGAAGGUCGGGACACUGCAUCCCCGGCUUUCAAAAUCGGCAGCGAGGGCUGAAAACCUUCAUCACGUUGUGUAGACAAAUUGAGAGUAACUGAUUUUGAGGUUGGAAACGUUUGAAUCUGUGAGGAAUAACAAGUUCGCCUGACCUGAAAGAUGGAGGUUGGUGCGCGGCAGGGCAGGGCAAUUCUGAGUUUAUUAGUGGAAUUCUUCCCUGAUGGAGCCUGCCUCGUCAACUUGUACAAAAACUAAAGCACUUGUUUAUGAUGAUCAACCAUACAACUCAAAAAUAGACGAGGGUGAACCGUUCUGUUUGUGACGCUAUCACUAUCUUCAAUGUAACCAUAACUAACAUCGGCUGUUUGUUGUUUUUAGUCUCUCAACAAUGACAUAUCGAACAUUUCUUUUAUUACCCCCACAAGUUUAUUUAAUCAUUUUUAAUGUUUUUCCA